AUCUGUCUUUUUUUUUUUUCUUAAGUGGGAGAGUUAACAGCAGUCAAAUGACAACACUAUUAAUAUUAUAACUAUCGUCUAUAUAGAUCUAGAUCUAGGCUAGGCCAAUCUAGGUACUUACAACACUUGCGACUAUGUUUUCUAGUGGAAUAAGAAAGCUAGAAAUUUCAGCAAGUGAGUUGAGUUUUGAAAAUGAUUCUAAAAAAAUUUUGAAGGAUAUUCGACCAAACUGGGAUGCUGACAAGAUUUGUUUUAAAGUCUUUACUGAUGGCUUAUCAAACAAGCUAAUUGGCUGCUAUCUAGAGGAUGACAGGAAUGAUGUGGUAUUGGUACGUAUCAAUGGAAGCGGCUCUGAAAUUGUUAUCAACAGGGAAGAGGAGCUUGAAGCUUUUGGCUUGUUGAGUGCUGCUGGAUGUGCUCCUCCAUUGUAUUGUACUUUCAAUAAUGGCAUGGCUUAUGGUUUCUUCCCUGGAGUACCUUUAGAUGUGGAGACAGUGCGGGAGCCCAAAAUUCAAAGAUUGAUAGCUAAAGAAUUGGUCAAAAUACACAAAAUCAAGGGACCAUCACAAGUGCCUCUCAAGUCAGAGUACAAGGAAAGAGUUUUAUCUUGGUUAGAUGCUUUACCUUCACACUAUGAGGAUCCACUGAAACAGCUUGUCUUUGAGAAAGAGAUUCCACCUAAAGCAGAGUUGAAGAAUGAGCUUGAUGAAAUAGUAAGAACAUUGGAAGGUUUAAAUAUGGAUGUUGUGUUCAGUCACAAUGACACUCUUCUAAAGAAUAUCAUUUAUAAUGAACAAGAAGAAAAAGUGAAUCUUAUUGACUACGAAUAUGCCUUUUACAACUAUGAAGCCUUUGAUAUUGGAAACCACUUUGCAGAGUUUGCAGGGAUAGAUAAUGUCAACUAUGACCUGUAUCCAGAAAGAGAUGAACAAUUGCGAUGGCUAAAGUAUUACCUGGAAUAUAAAUAUGAGGCAGAGGGAAGUCCAGCAGUAACGGAUGAAGAUGUGGAACGUCUUUAUGUACAGACAAACAAAUGUGCCUGUGCUGCACAUUUUUUCUGGACUAUUUGGGCUCUUAUUCAAGGCAAAUACUCUUUGAUCAAUUUUAACUAUGUUCAGUAUGCCAGCACCAGACUGACAGAAUAUUACAGAAGAAAGAAAGAGUUUUUCUCCUUAGAAUUACCCAGAUAAUAGAUUUUACCAUUUAGAUCCAUGUUUCAAACCUGGGAUAGCACCUGGAGAUAAUUGAUGGGGUUUUUAAAAUAAUUUUAGUGAGAGAUAACUAAUCAACUUUGUAAAUGUUUAUAUAUGUAAAUUGGGAUGAACAAAAGGACUACACAAGACUUUAAAACUCAUUCAAAAGGUAGCCUUCAGAUUCAAUGUUGAGAAACACUCCAUAAGAUAUUAAAAAAAAAAUGUAUAAACCUUAAGAAGAUAAAAGUUUCUUUUAAACUUUUGGGUAAAAUCUAUGUUUAAUUUGUUCAGUUUUACAAUGUAAGUUUCUAAAAUUGAAGAUGUGUGCAAUAGUAUUGUUUAAAUUAUCUACUGACUAGAUUUUACUUGUCAGUUCUCAGUUUCAUUGCUAAUAUAUACCACUAGCUUCUUAACCUUCAACUUGAACAAAUUUACAGGACUGUUGUUUUUCAUGUAAUUAUUUAUAAUGUAUUUUGCCUGCUUACUUCUAGAAACUUGUGUGGGGAUUGCUUUUGAAAAUACUCAGUUUUACUUUUUGUUGACUGCUUAUUCAGACCAUUAGAACAGAGUUUGUGUGAUUCAUAAAAUUAAAACAAUAUUACAACAUACUUUUGCUAGAUUUGUUUCUUCAUCCACGGCAUUGUGUCAAGCCAUUAUCCUGCUGUUGACAUUCCACUAUUUAUUAUUUUUACAUUGGCUUCAUUAGUCACAAGACGUUCAAAUUAGAAUAUAUUGAAAUCAUCCUUGAUUGUUUUAAGUUUAGGAAGGAUGCCAGUUAAGUAAAACAAGGUGAUUUUAAUAAUAAUAAUCUUUAUUGUCGGUAUGGAAAUUAGUCUUACAAUUUGUGCAUUACACCAAACAACUAACAUUAUGUUGUGGAUAGGCCUACAUCAAAUUUCAUUUACCAUCAGAUUACACCACUGGUCAUAGGAACCUAUUCUCUACUACAUUUAUGAGACCUUUCAUCUAGAGUAGAAUCUGUCCAUUCCUUGAGAUUGCUUUGCAGUUGGUUG